AUGAGCCCCUGGCUUGCCGAGUUCACCACCGACCUCGGUACCAUGUUUGUCGACUUUUGGACGACUGUCCGCAACUAUUGGGACGAGAUCCUCGACAAGCUUGGCGGCAUUGGAGGUUCGCAUGAGCCCAACGGCUGGCGCGCGUUGGCUGCCCGGAUGACCGCUAGCGGACAGUAA